GCGCAGACCUGUCUUACUGCAGGCAACCGCUUCUUGCUAGGGUGCUGGCAGCCCACCUUGCCUGGCUCCUUUAUAUGGGGGCUGGGGAUAGAAAUUAAGCUCUCAUAUUUGUUUGGCAAGGACUUUACCAACUAGACCGUCCUUCUGGCUCCAGUUCCUCACUCUUGUGGAAAGUCAGGAUUUUUUUUUUUUAAUAUUGAAUGUGUUUUGUUCUUUGCAAAACGUCCUUUUCAUUUGUUGUGUAAUGUAGUUUUGUGGGGGUAUUCAGCAGAGAAGACUGAUCAGACAAGGGUUUAAGCCAAGAGAAAAUCUUUUCUUUUUGUUUGUUUGUUUUCUGAGACAAGGGUUUUACUGUGUAGCCAUGGCUGUCCUGGAACUUGCUCCGUAGAAGAGGCUGGCCUUGCAUCAUGCUAUGUUUGGGUACGACUCCCACAGACUUAUAUGUUUGAACAAGUCUAUGGGGGCCAGGGAGUGGAAUGUGAUGGUUUGUAUAUCCUUGGCCCAGGGAGUGGCACAUUAGAAGGUGUGGCCCUGUUGGAGUGGGUGUGGCACUGUGGACAUAGGCUUUAAAGCCCUCACCCUAGCUGCCUGGAAGUCAGUAUUCUGCUAGCAGCCUUCAGAUGAAGAUGUAGAAGUCUCAGCUCCUCCUGUACCAUGCCUGCCUGGAUGCUGCCAUAUUCCUGCCUUGAUGAUACUGGACUGAACCUCUGAACCCUCUAUUGCAUCUGCAGACAUGGAUUUCAACCAGUUAGAGGCAUUCCUGACCGCUCAAACCAAGAAGCAAGGCGGCAUCACCAGUGAACAAGCUGCAGUCAUCUCCAAGUUUUGGAAGAGCCAUAAGACAAAAAUCCGAGAGAGCCUCAUGAGCCAGAGCCGCUGGGACAACGGGCUUCGGGGCCUGCGCUGGAGGGUGGACGGCAAGUCCCAGUCACGGCACUCAACUCAAAUACACAGCCCUGUCGCCAUAAUAGAGCUGGAAUUUGGGAGAAGUGGACGGGAAUCUGAGUUUCUGUGUCUGGAGUUUGAUGAAGCUAAGGUCAAGCAGAUCUUGAAGAAGCUGUCAGAGGUGGAAGAGAGUAUCAGCGGGCUGAUGCAGGCAGCCUAACUGAGGGAGGGAGGAGCGUUGAAGUGAAAGUGCUCACAGACUUUCUCCACUGACCUUUUUAAAGUUCUGCUUGCCGGUUGGUGUUACAAAAAAAAAAAACAUUGUAUACAUGUAUGAAAGUCCUCAAGAAUAAAUAAAAAUAUAUUUUAAAAAGUGGGUAAAAAAGAGGAAAACCCUCAAAUUCAAA